CCACCACCACCACCUCCACAGCCACCACCACCACCACCUCCACAGCCACCACCGCCACCCCCACAGCCACCACCACCGCAGCCACCGCAACAGCAGCAACAACAACAACAACAGCAACAGCAAUUCCUAAAAAUAAUAAUUAUUCAAGGAUGCUGCUGUAGACAACGUUGUUGUUGCUCAUGUGGAGGAUGUGGCGGAGGUGGCGGAGGUGGCGGAGGUGGAUGUGGUGGUUGCGGCGGUGGAGGCUGUGGUGGAGGUGGUUGUGGUGGUUUUGGUGGCAGUGGCUUUGGAUUAAAUGGGCUUGGUGGAGGUUCCUUUGGUUUGGGUGGUCUUGGUGGUGGCGGUGGUUGCGGUGGUUGUGGUGGCAGAGGAUGUGGAGGAGGUGGUUGCGGUGGCGGAGGAGGAUGUGGUGGAGGUAAUAAUUUUGCAGGGAGAUGUGGUGGUGGCAGUGGUCUUGGUGGUGGUAGUGGCUGGGGAAAUAGUGGGGGAAAUCGAGGUAGCAGUUGUGGAAGUGGUACUGGUUGUGGAAGUGAAGGUUAUGGCCAAGGUAAUAGUGGAGGUGAAAGAGGCAGUGGCUGUGGAAGUAGAGGGGGAGAUGGAAAUGGAGGUGGUGAUAAUAGUGGUGGUGGUGGUAGUGGUAGUGGUGGUGGUGGUAGUAGUAGUGGUGGUGGUGGUUGCGGAGGCAGAGGUGGAAGCGGUGACGCUCUGAGGAAUAGUGGUGGAGGUGGAUGCGGAAAUAGAAGUGGUUGCGGAGGUGGCGGCAUGGGUGGUGGAGGAUGUGGUGGUGGUGGUGGUGGUGGUUUCAAAAAGCGCUCAAGUGUUACAGAAGCUGAAGCAGACAGUAAUCGCAUUGAUGAGUAUCAUGUGAGCGGAAUUCCCGAUAGUGAAAGCUAUAAACAUGAUGGCGGGAGUGAUUCUGGAAAUGAAGCAAGUAUAAGCAUAACUUCUGCGGAUAAUCACAGUGGUAGCAUUGAUAUCAGUAACUCAGAUGAAGCAGAUUGUAGCGAUGCUUUAUGCAAAGCUCAUCAUCGUCAUCACCGUCAUCAUCGUGACAUCCUCAAGAAUUUCAUGCCAUUUGCCUUUGCUCAAACUCCGUUUAAUUUUGGUCUGUAA